AUGAAGGCACGUCCAGAUGGAUCAAACAAGAUGGAGACAGUUCCACUACGUUCGACCAAACGCAUCUCUGCCAUUCCAUCCCCGCGGUUGCAGGACAGAAUGACCCCUUCCGAUCUCGAUAAACCCGAAGUGCCAACGCCUUUGAAGCCUCCGAUUCCACCUAAGAGCUCGCUGCGAGAGAGUGCGUCAAGCAGUGGACCACCGCCGCAAUCAGCAACCUCAUCUACCUGGCCACUGAACGCGCGGCCGAGCGAGACUACGCUGCGACCUGGAUAUGACUGGGUCCCGAAUCCUUUAUUUGGAGACAAAGGCACCAGAAAUAGUUCAGCAGAGGGCGAGAAGCUGGCGGCUUUUGGACGGACGGGUGGAUUCCAACCCAGACGGCGAAGUUGGGGAGGCUGGGGUCGAACAUGUCUCAUUGCUGGUCUUGUAGCUCUUGUUAUCAUUGGGCUGGCGGUGGGACUUGGUGUGGGRCUCACAGUUCGACGGCGGAAUAGAAAUGCUGGUAGCGAGGACGAAGCUACGACAGCGCCAACAACAGAUAACAUCACGGAAACGAAUUCCUUCCCCCUAGGACAGUACAGCAUGAUAACUGCACUCAAGACUAUAAACACUGGCUGCACGUCAAACCCUAACACAUGGACAUGUGCUCCCAACACAACAUACAAUCCUCAGGACUCGAGCAGCUUCAACGCCAGCAUGUCCGAUUUCCUCUGGAUCAUCUCCAAUACAUCUUCUAUUUUCGCAGCAAACGGAACGGCCACAACUUCGGACGCAGGCGUCCCAGCCAACCUUACCAUCAGUGCAACGAGCAACCCAUUGAGCAUAGUGUUUUCCGACGAACCCCUCACCUACUUCAACCCAGCCUCAAACUCCAGCGCGGAGAGGCUUUCCUUUAGUUUUACAAUGGCAAAAUCUGUCAUUCCUGAGAUCGAUAUUAGCGGAACCGACACCCAGUCAAGAUGUUACUUCAACGAAACUACUUUUACAGGCACUCUAUAUCUAUCGGAGUCGCGGACAUAUCCAGACAGCAGSAUUACCGUCCCAGACAGUGAGGAUACUCAAUGGCCGUACGCUAUUGAGAUCACACAGACUAGCCAUGGGGGCCAGAUUGGAGACGACAUCAUCCCKGCGUGCUAUACCUUUGCUGAUGGCAUGAAUGGCGACCCGCUUACCGCUGGACUCUCAGCACAGCCCGCAGACUCACAGUGCGAGUGUGCCUACAACAACUUCUGA